AGAUAUUUGGAACAAUCCUGCAGUGACGCAACAGUCGGGUCUCAUUUUAUUUAUUACAUAAUAUAUGCGUGAACGUGUAAACAACAACAAACAAUUUGUGUCGAUGAUCAUCGAAACAUGUGGGUGUUUGGCUACGGAUCUUUGAUUUGGAAAGUGAACUUUCCAUAUCAGCAAAAGGUAGCUGGAUAUAUCGAUGGUUACGCGAGAAGAUUUUGGCAAGGCAGCACUGAUCACCGGGGCCAUCCUGGCAAGCCAGGGCGUGUCGUGACCCUUGUUCCUGAUCCACAGGAGCAAGUAUGGGGCAUUGCAUAUCAAGUGGCAGAACAAGACGUACCCCGUGUCCGGGAGUACCUGGACUUUCGGGAAAAGGGCGGCUACACUAUCACCUCUGUAACCUUUCAUCCAAGAGACACCAGGGUUCAUCAGCCCUUUGAUGUCUCCAUCUACAUAGCAACACCAGAUAACAAGAACUUCCUUGGUCCUGCAUCCAUGGAGGAUAUAGCCAGGCAGAUUUUCCUUUCGGUCGGACCAAGUGGAAAAAACAUUGAGUAUCUUCUCAAUCUAGCCGAGGCGGUCCGGGCAUUGCUUCCAGAGGCCAUGGACCAACACUUGUUCGAGUUGGAGAAGCUGGUGAGGCUACUCAAUGAGGGGAAGACUCCAGAUGAGAACAAGAACAUUGAGGAGUACUUGUCUUUUAACUCAAGUAGUUCUUAACAGAGAUUAGCAUUGUGGGUUCUUUUGCUCAUUUGAUUUGACAUAUAAAUACUAUUAACAAAAAACUGAGUCUAUACUGAGCAGGCAGUCAAGGCAUACAUGAAAAAAAGUAUCAGCCAUUUUAUAAUGCAAACAGGAGUCAGCGUGCUGUGUGGACUUCACACUUUGGACUGUCAAACAUCCAUUAUCGCAGAAACAAUUACACUGCAUUGGUGCGGUCUUUCUGUAUGCAAAAUUGAUAGAUUUAUUGUAGAGGGCUACAUGUACAUCCUGUGCAUCUGAACUCGUUGUACAUGUAUGAGUACAUGUACAUGUAUGAAGACUUCAAUAUAUUUUAAAACAUAUUUUAAUAACAUAAUCUCAAUGGGAUUGUCAAAAGUCACCUGCCAACAAUGUGUCAGGGAAUAUCCUCUAAAAGUUGUUAAGUUUUUUCUCAAGUUGCCGAACUUUUAUAAAUAAUACCAGGUGUCACAUGUAUGCAUGUACAUGUAACUUAUAAAUCCUAAAUGGGCUCAAAUUCUAAAAUUUACAUUUUUUUUUUGGAGUUUGAGAUACAAACACAACCUAAAGACAAGUUUUUAAUAAGCUAUUCUUGUUUUCCAACUUGUAUUUGUCACGUGCAAUAUGCUGCAUUUAUUACUGUUGGAUGAGAAAAUUUCACUUUUUUUUUGUUGGGCAUGUCAAUAGAAAAAGUGCAAACUAUGUUUUACGUGGAAAAUAUCUUGAGUAUAUUGUAUUUUCUUCAUGCUUUUAUUUUGCAGUUUAUUUUUUGUGUGUGACAAAAUUGAGUGUCGAUGCGUGGCUCGUGGUUUAAUUUAAAUGACCUGUUAAUCUUGACUUGCUUUAAUACACGUAUUUAUCUGAUACAUUUAUUACAAUAAAUUCUUUUUGAACUGAAUAAGACUGAAA